AAGCCGGGGAAAGUGAUCGUGUAGGGGGGAGGGGUGUCCCGUCGGCAGGCAGGCAGGCACACAGACAGCAGGCAGCAGCUGCGGCGACAGCACCCCGGCACCGUUACACCGCGAUCAGACAUCCACAGUCCGACUCCCCAGCCACGACAGGCACCGCGGGCAGCACCACAACCGGCCACUAAAAUGGUAGACCGCGAGCAAUUGGUGCAGAAAGCCAGGCUGGCCGAGCAGGCGGAGAGAUAUGACGAUAUGGCAGCUGCCAUGAAGUCGGUCACAGAGCUCAAUGAAGCGCUCUCCAACGAGGAGAGGAACCUCCUGUCUGUGGCCUACAAGAACGUGGUCGGGGCGAGACGCUCGUCCUGGCGUGUCAUCUCCAGCAUCGAGCAGAAGACGUCAGCUGACGGCAACGAGAAGAAGAUCGAGAUGGUGCGGGCCUACCGGGAAAAGAUUGAGAAGGAGCUGGAGGCCGUCUGCCAGGACGUGCUCAACCUCCUUGACAACUUCCUGAUCAAGAACUGCAACGAGACGCAGCAUGAGAGCAAAGUGUUCUACCUGAAGAUGAAGGGUGACUACUACCGUUACUUGGCCGAGGUCGCCACGGGGGAGAAGAGAGCCUCUGUAGUGGAGUCCUCUGAGAAGUCCUACAGCGAGGCCCACGAGAUCAGCAAGGAGCACAUGCAGCCCACCCACCCCAUUCGUCUGGGCCUGGCUCUUAACUACUCCGUCUUUUACUACGAGAUCCAGAACGCCCCCGAGCAGGCGUGCCACCUGGCUAAGACCGCCUUUGACGACGCCAUCGCCGAGCUGGACACCCUCAACGAGGACUCCUACAAAGACUCCACUCUCAUCAUGCAGCUGCUACGAGACAACUUGACGCUGUGGACGAGCGACCAGCAGGACGAUGAAGGAGGCGAGGGCAACAAUUAAAAAGUCCAAAACCUCAUUCUGCCAAAUCGACACAACACGCGCGCUCACAAAUGAUGACAAAACUAGUAAUUGUUAAAAAGUUCUUUAAUUAAAAAAGAGAAACACACAAAAAAUGGUAGGGUUGGGUGGGGGUGGUGGAACAUCGGCCGUCAUUUAAACCGAUGGUACCGAUGUGGCUGCUGUUCAUUAUUUUUCCACAACUUAAAAGCAAAAAAAUAGGAGGAUGGAAGAAGUGUUUAAUUUGAGAAACACGCUAUGAUCAUUAAAAGAUAAAGAAGAAGAAAAAAACACCCAAGAAUGAAACACCCUCCAUGACAGCCUCUGCAGCAUUUGCCAGAAAACCGACUUAGGUCACAAGAGGUACGUCGUCCAUCGUGGUGUGAGUAACAGGGAAACAGUGACCUUCACACCCCCCCAAAGACCGAUCUAAUCGUGCAAAUGAGGCUGAGCUGUCUUAAUGUAUUUGGCGAGGGUGGGCGGGGGGGGGGGGGCAUUCAGAUAUUUACUUCUUAAUGCUUGAGCAGCAAGAAAAUUAGCGCAGCCUUGAAUGUCAUGGCCUUGCUUAGUGCGAGAGACAGGGAGUGAGAGUGAGUGAGAGAGUAGAUGGGAUCCAGGGAGGAACGUGUUAGACCUCGUGGCGUAACUUCAGAGAGACGUACCAACAUCUUCAGUCGCUCCUCACCCGUGAUGGUAGAGUGAAAGGUUCUUUCUGUGAUUGAAGACAUGGGGGGGAGGAAAAAGGUUUUUGUUUGUUUGCUUUGUGUCGGGUAUGUGUCCAGCUCAGUCACACACUCAUACUGUAACUAAAACCGCAAACUCAUACAGUAAAAAAAAAAAACACACACACACAAAAGAAAAACAUAGUGCAGCUUGUCCCUCUCAUGUGCUGAUGUGCUUUCUUAAAUAAAUUACCUGUUUUUUGGACACCUAACUCUUAUUGUCCGUAUUGUCAUUACUGUAACAUCUCGGAUUGGCUCCUUUUUGCUUGUGGGGAUACAAUUUGAUCCAGACGAACAAAGCAAAAUCAAAAGAACACUGACUGAAAAUCCAUCUCCAGGUAACGCGGUCUUUGCUAGACAUCGACAAGAUCCCUGAAAAGCCACAGCCGGAACCGCAGACCUAAGUAACGAACUAAUUCAACAGCAGAGCACACGCAUUGAUAAAGUGGAAGCUGUACGAGAAGAUUUGAAGUUUGUGGAUUAACGUUUUCAGUUUCUUCUUGGUCAAGAAAAUGCACUUGCCUACUAUACUGUCUCUUCAGUGUGAGAUGAUAACCGCUCCAAUAUUCUCCAUAAAACAAUAUUGUGCAUGCUGGUGAUGUAUUUAUACAGUAGCUUCGAUUUAUUAACUUAUACUGUAGAUGUUAUGUAUUCAUAUGAACCUGGAAUUAUUAGACAUUAAUCAGAUUAUUUUCUAUUUAUUUCCUUUUUGUUAUGAUUGUUAGCUAGACCUUCUUUUAAUCUGUGUUUUCUUUACUCCAUUCGCUGAAGUGCGCUAUACCAAAACCGUGAUUGUUAACAAUAAAUUGAUCUGUUAAGGACA